GCCUGAAAACUUCCCAUGGAGCCAACAAAUUUACAGAAAGCUAUAGCUGUAGCACAGAAAGCCUCCCAGGAGGACCAGGCUGGGAACUACACGGAGGCUAUCAAAUCUUACCAACACGCUGUCAAGUACUUCCUGCACAUUGUAAAACGUGAACCACAGGGUAAAGAGGGCAACCAGAAGAUCAGGGAAAAGUGUAAACUGUACCUGGACAGAGUGGAAGAAUUACAGGAGUAUAUAGAAAAUAAAGAGAAAGCCAUAGAUCUGGCCAGCAAGGCGGCCCAGGAGGAUAAAGCUCAGAAUUACGACGAGGCCCUGCGUUUAUACCAACAAGCUGUUCAGUACUUCCUACACGUAGUGAAAUAUGAAUCCCAGGGCGACAAAGCCAAACAGAGCAUCAGGGCCAAGUGUGCUGAGUACCUGGACAGAGCAGAGAAGCUCAAAGAAUACCUGAAGAAGAAAGAGAAGGCUCCACCUGCCAAGCCUGUGAAGGAGUCCCAAGCUGAUGACAAAGGGAAUGAGAGUGAUGAAGGAGACAACCCAGAAAAAAAGAAGUUUCAGAACCAACUUUCAGGGGCUAUCGUUAUGGAAAAGCCAAACAUCAAGUGGAAUGAUGUUGCCGGAUUAGAGGGAGCCAAAGAGGCCCUGAAAGAAGCUGUUAUUUUGCCAAUCAAAUUCCCACAUCUUUUCACAGGCAAAAGAACGCCAUGGAGGGGGAUCCUACUCUUCGGUCCUCCUGGAACAGGAAAGUCCUACCUGGCUAAAGCUGUGGCCACAGAGGCCAACAACUCCACCUUCUUUUCCAUCUCCUCAUCUGACCUGGUAUCCAAGUGGCUGGGAGAGAGUGAAAAGUUGGUGAAGACCUUGUUCACCCUUGCACGGGAGCACAAGCCCUCCAUCAUCUUCAUAGAUGAGAUAGACUCGCUGUGCGGCUCCAGGAGUGAGAAUGAGAGUGAGGCAGCUCGCCGCAUCAAGACAGAGUUCCUGGUUCAGAUGCAGGGGGUCGGGAAUGACAACGAUGGUGUACUGGUGCUAGGGGCCACCAACAUCCCUUGGACGUUGGACUCUGCUAUCAGAAGACGGUUUGAGAAGAGGAUCUACAUCCCCCUUCCCGAGGAACACGCUCGCACCUUCAUGUUCAAGCUCCACCUGGGCGCCACCCCCACCAGCCUCAACGACUCUGACUUUGUCACCCUGGGAAAGAAGACCAACGGGUACUCAGGGGCUGACGUCAGCGUCAUCGUCAGAGACGCGCUUAUGCAGCCAGUCAGAAAAGUUCAAUCAGCCACUCACUUCAAGCGGGUACCAGGGCCAUCGAGAGACAACCCCAACAUCGUGGUAGAUGACCUUUUGACCCCAUGCUCCCCAGGAGACCCGAAUGGCAUCGAGAUGACAUGGAUGGAAGUCCCUGGGGAAAAGCUAUGUGAGCCAGUUGUUUGUAUGUCUGAUAUGCUGAGGUCCCUGGCCAGCACAAAGCCAACAGUCAACGAUCAGGAUUUGGACAAACUGAGAAAAUUCACAGAGGACUUUGGACAGGAGGGCUAAAUUGGGUCAUUUGAGCCGAACAAAAGCAAAUAUUAUUGAUUGUCAAGUGUUCCUUCUCACCGUCUUUUUCCCACUCUCCCCCUCAGGCUCUGUUGGCUUAUCACAUGACUGCUCUACUAAUAGAAAUAUAAUUACUAGAAUGGACCUCUCCAUUUAAGUAAUGUAUUUCUUUGGCUCGACUGAGCUUGUCCAUUGGCCAGAAGGGGUUAAACAAAGACUGGUAUUUUCUUAGAUGCUCCCCAUGUCUAAAGGAUUAUGGAUUUCUUCACAUGUCUGAGGUAGAUUUGAUUGGUAAAUGGAAAGCUACAUGGCAAUUAGGAACAUUGGUGCAGCACCUUGGGCUGAAUCCUAAUAUGUAAACAAUGCUCAAAUCGAGCAUUUGCAUACAUCAUGCUUUGAAGUCAAUAGGAGUUUGAUCUGGAAGUUGCCGAUACAAGCAUGUUAACAAAAUUAGAAUGCUUCUCUUUGUGUAGAGUGCUUAUUUAACUUGCCCAAUAAAUAUCUGAGCUAAUUUUCCAAGUACCCAUCCACUUUCCUUCAAUCAAAUUGCACCUCACUUUUCAGUGUACCCAUAUAUUCCACUUCUUUUUGUAAAAAUAAGAUAUGAAAAUCCUUUUAUAGUAGAUAGUUUAUGGAGAUAUAUAGCUCUUUGGUCUGAAGAGAAUAAAACUAACAAUGCAUGCCGUUGUGCUUGCACAGGAUAUUUUUCAAAUAUUAGGAACUUAUGACGUAGUCUCAAGGUGAUGAGAAUUACAUGGGUUUGGAUAAUUGAAGCACAGCAAAUGUAUAGGAUCUUAAUUUGAUCACUCUGUUGUUGUAGGAAAUGCAAACUUCUGGUGUAUUCAAGGUUUUUAAAAAGGCUUCUCAAGUUUGUAAUUUCUACUUUAAAAUGACAGACUGGAUUUGCCCUAAGGAAAAAUGUAUCUACACCUGUUGCUGCAGGAUUAUUUUCCUGCUCUGAAGAACUGGUCAAAUUAAGAUCCUGCAUCUGUAUGCAUGUCAUUCUACAUACAGACAAUUAUGGGGCUACGGUUAGAAUAAUUUACACACUGGAUGGAAGUUGCUUUGGGACAUAUUUUAUAUGUACAUUUGUUUUUCCCCUCCAGAAGAAAGGCUAGUCUGUGUUUGUUCAUUGUCAUUAUGAUUCAAACUGUCAGAAUCACCAAAGUUACUGGACCAGAAAAAACUUGAAUAUAGUCAAGGAUUCAAUACUUUUUUACCUGACCAUCACACACCCUACAUAUUUCCCUCAUGUAACCCUUUUGCUGAUCUUCCUAACAAGAACUACUGGAACGAGAUGAUGCCGUACUGAGAUCCAGUCAAACUGUCUAACAGUGUUGAAGAAACAACGCGACUGAUAUUUUGGUGUGAAUGGAAUUUUGUAGGUAGCCUGAAAUUGACAUUUUAGGCACAGAAGAACACCCUCAUGACAUCAUGUCCUUUUUGUUAUUGCAUUGGAAUGCAGUUCCAAGCAGGUACUUGCUUACUACCUUUAAGAUGUGGCCAUUUUAAGUGGCAAUGCACACCAUGUGCCUUCUAAAUAAGUAGCAAGAUCAUAUACAUCGUUUUUUUGUUUGGUUCAUUUUUAAAUUUGGAAGUUGAUAUCCAGUAAGACACAGCUAUGUGUAUUUUGUCAUCGAUGCUAUGAAAUAUACAUUUGCACAUUUCAUGUAAACUGGCUUUUGGAGGUUGUAUACCUCUGCUCUUAGUGUUGAUAUUCUUAAGAAUUUCAAAGUGUUGGGGACGUCUUUGGUGUGGUCUUCACUUUACUGUAAAACAUGUUGUGUAGAGAAUGAUACAGUAUAUCAGUGAGUGGAAAAGUCAUAAUCAGAAUUUCUUUGCCAUGCAUAUGUAAGUAAAAGUAAUAUUAAGAUUUUA